GGACUGGCUGAAACUGAACGAAAGCCACCUUACCUGUUUCGAAAUCAAGUUUGCCGCUUCUGUGUCGCUCCGGUGAUCCGCACAGAAAGGUGCACGCGCGCAUUCAACACGGUUGUGUGGCCCUCGAUCCGAGGUUCUUGUGUGAUUUUGUGAUUUUGUGGAUUUAUACGAUCGGAAACGGAACGGAUUCGCUUGAGCCCCAGAGACCCAGAGGUGCUGAGCCAUAAAGCCGUCGGUAUUUUAUUAAAUUGUGUUCGCCAAUUGGCUCUGCUAUCGUCGGGCCUUAAGUUGUUACUUAACGCGAUAUGUUGUGCGUCAUUCGGUCCAUUUGAUUUGCAAAUUAUAGCCGAGUAUUUUCUCGAAAAGAAACCCCAUAAAUCUUGAUUUAAUCAAAGUGAUGAAUAUGCAAUGAUUCUAUGAAAUAGCUAUGUAUGUAAAGGCCAAUGCAAAGAUUAGGCAAUAAUCACAACAAAUAGUGUGCAAUAGAAACCCCACAUAGCCCCAUAAUAAUAUAAGUAAAUAGUCUUACACAUACCUAAAUAAAAUAAAUACAAGUUAUUGAUAAAGUGUCAAACAUUGUGGCGGAUCGCAGUGAAUUAUUAAAUAAUCAUUUAUGCCAAAUGCUAUUGGAGCUAGCUCUAUAACCAAAUGGAUAUCGCAAAUUGAAUCUUUCGAGCAGAGAGAAUUGGUAACAAAUAUUUGCAAACGUGCGAUCGACGACAUGUAUGCGGAUAAUAAACGUGGCCUAGACAAGGUGACGGCAGUGACCCCGCCCACCCACGCCCUCCAGCCGCAGCAGCAGCAGCAUCCCCACCAACAGCAGCAGCAACAGCAUCUGCAGCACGUCCUGCAACUGCAGCAGCAACAGCAGCAACACCUUCAGCAGCAGCAUCACUUGCAGCACCAGAUGCAUACGCAUCAUAACUUCCAGCAGCAUGAAACGCCAGCAACACUGUCGCAGCAGCAGCACAUGCAACAGCAGCAGCAGUCGCAGACGACACAGCAGCAACAUGCAACGCAGCAGCAGCAGCAACAGCAACAGCAGCAGCAACAGACAGCCGGCAUGUUUACAAGAUUCGAUGCAAACAAAUCGACGAAGGGCGCCUCGAAGAUGCGACGCGAUCUCAUAAAUGCGGAGAUAGCCAAUCUGAGGGAUCUCCUGCCGCUGCCCCAAUCGACGCGCCAGCGCCUCUCGCAACUGCAACUGAUGGCCCUCGUUUGUGUCUAUGUGCGGAAAGCCAACUACUUCCAGCAAGUUUUCAAACGCCACAAUGCGAUGCAUCAUCUUCAUCAUCAGACAGCAACACCAAAUAUUGGCUUCUCAAAGGCACUCUCCGGCUUUUUGAUGAUGCUCACACAAAAUGGCAAAUUGCUUUAUAUAUCGGAUAAUGCAGCGGAGUACUUGGGCCAUUCCAUGGAGGAUCUGCUGAUACACGGUGACUCCGUUUACGAUAUCAUUGACAAACAGGAUCACGCAAACAUCCAGGCCGAGCUGAAUAGGAACGUGCCACCGCAGCCGGGUGGCUCGAGUCAGGCGAGCAGCGGUGGUGCCGGUGGUGCUGGUGGUGCUGGUGGUGCUGGCGGUGCCGGCGACUCAACGUCCAGCAAUGGAAGUGCCGCUGGUGCCGGUGGUGCUGGUGGCGCCUCCAGUCUCGAGGGCGAGCAUCGCAUGUUCCUCUGUCGCAUGAAUGUUAGCCGCAACGCGCGACGGCAAAUGCGUUUCGGCGAUCAGAAGGUUGUCCUGGUCCAGGGUCACUAUUUGUCAUUCCUGCCGCUCUGCAGUCGCAACGAGCCCGUCUUUUUGGCCACCUGCACUCCAAUUGCCAUGCCCGAAACCAGGGAGUGUGUUGUCCAAGGUGCCACCAACGUCUUCACCACCAUCCAUUCGAUGGACAUGAAAAUAGCCCAUAUCGAUAAAAAUGGCGAGUUUCAUUUGGGCUAUGAAAAGUCGGCUCUGCAGGGCACAUCCUGGUACAAUCUGAUCCACAGCGAUAAUCUGACGGAGGCGCAAAAAAAACACAGUUUAAUUAUCCAAUCGGAACAAGAUCGCAGUUGUAUUCUUCUAGUACGAAUGCAGAGAUCCAGCGGAGAAUACACGUGGGUACACGUGGUUUUACAAGUGCGAGAUAGCCCCGAUUCCACGCAACAACCUGUUAUCGUGUGCACAAAUCAAGUACUCAAUGAUCGAGAGGCCUCAAUAAUGCUGGCCAACUCCUGGCUGUAUCACUACUAUACCGUCCAGUCGAAGAUCCAGUUCGGCAUGCCGCUGGACAGUGGAAUCCGUGUCCCACCGGGAACUCCCUCCAGCGGCUACUACAGUCCCCAUUCAACCCAUCCACCGGCCACUCCAGGAGGCGCAACGCCCAAUCUGGGCAUAGCCAGUAGCUUUGGCACCCACCAUCAUCCACACCACUCGCACCACCCGCACCACCACCAUCAUCAUCACCAUCCGGCAACAGCUUACCACCAUCAUCCGCAUAUGGGAACAUAUGGUGGAGUCUAUCAUGCGAAGGCAGCCAUCGAGCUUAAGGAGGAUCAACCGCUGUUUUGUUUUCAGGAGCCCGUGGACUACAGCCAAGUGAAUAGCCACGUAAAUCCUCCGAAUGCCACAAGUACACCCAAUCCGCCUACCUCCAAAUCGUCCACGUCCCCACCGCCCAAGAAGCGGGCGCGCAAGCUAGAGCCACUUUACUUACAUACCGAACGUUCUCCGGCGGCGGCGAUAACUCCGGAACCGGAUUGCUAUGCCAUCCAUACUCAUCCGGCUGCUGCGUAUGCCACCUCAUCGGUGGUCAGUAGCGAUGCUUCAGUUAUAUAUGCCACUAUAGUGCCGACGAGGCCGAGAUUACCCAAUAAAUCACUGCCUCCGGAUCCCGCGGAUUUUAUAGAGCAAUGGAACCCCAGUCCACCCUGGUCGGAAUCGGCGCAAAAGGCUUCGUUGGAUAGUUUUGGAUCCUCCCACGAGCUGAGUCCCUGCAUCACGACCACGCCCCCCACGCCCACGAGUGCCACACCGCAUCAAAGUGGCUUGGGCAGCACCCAGACCAUAGGACCUGCUUUCAGUUUUGAAUGGAUGUCGGAUCCUUUGGUACCGGUCACGUACCAGCAGUGGCCACCAACUGGUGACCAUCAUCAGCAUCUUUCGCAGCACUUGAGCCAGAGUCAGAACCACCAAAAUCCCCUCCAGCAGCAGCAGCAGCAGCAGCACGAGCAGCUUCUACUUGGACAACAGCCGCAUCUCCACCAGCAACACCAGCACUUAGCACUUCAUCAUGGACGUGGGGAGCACUCUCUGGAGGGGGAAAGUCAGGGGGUGGUGGUGGUGCCACCGAUACCCAUUUCGAUACCGAUACCAACGGCCACGGGCCAUGGGGAUGCCGGCGAACCGGUUGAGGAUAGAGAUCCAAAAAAUUAGUGACCGACCAGCUAGGCUUGGAAAUACCCAGCGAUCAGAGAUCGGGUAUCGGGGAUCGGGGAUCGGGGAUCGGAGAUGGGAUAUCUGCCAUGGCGGCCAGGUGAUAAUCACACUUAAAUUAAUUGCCACUUGUCAUCUUAGCGUUUAAAUUAUUUUUAUCUAACGAAGGAAACACAAAACACAUUCGUUUCUCGAUAUAACAGCUAAUUUAAGCGAUUCCCGCAUAGCCCUUUUGUUUUUAUCCCCAAUUCCCAUUCUGUAUGUGCAAUCUUGAAAAAAACAAAUAAAAAAUAAGUAUGAGUCUAUGAAAGUAGCGUUUGGAAAUUAGUUUUUAGUUUUGCGAUUGGCCCGCAAACUGUAGAAACAGAAGCGAAAAUAUAUAUAGGCCAUGCCAAGAGAGCUCUAUUAGUUGUAGCGUUUUUAAUAGCGUCAUUUUUAUGGCGAGUGCUUAAAGUUUUUUACGAUUAUUUGUAUUUCUGUAUCGCGUGCAAGUAACUCUGCAGAUACAUAUAUGUGCAUCUACAUUUAAAUCUAGGUUAAUUAUAUUAUUUUAUUUUAUUUAUUAAACACCUAUUUAUACACCUAUUUAUUACUGUGCUUUCGUAUUUUGCCUAUUGAAUAAACAAACUUGUAAAGUAUAUUCGUUUGAAG